AUGAGUGUUCAGGUUUUUGGCGAUCAAGUUACUGAGGAGAGAGCAGAAAAUGCUCGUAUGUCUGCCUUUGUCGGUGCCAUUGCAGUCGGAGACUUAGUGAAGACUACAUUGGGUCCUAAAGGUAUGGAUAAAUUGUUACAGAGUGCUUCUAGUGACAGGGCUUUGGUUACCAACGAUGGUGCCACCAUUUUGAAAUCCAUCCCAUUGGACAAUCCUGCGGCAAAAGUGUUAGUUAAUAUUAGUAAAGUUCAAGAUGACGAAGUUGGUGAUGGUACCACGAGUGUUACUGUCUUGAGUGCUGAACUUUUAAGGGAAGCUGAAAAAUUGAUUGAUCAAUCAAAGAUACAUCCACAAACUAUCAUUGAAGGUUAUAGAAUUGCCUCUAAGGCGGCAUUGCAUGCCUUAGAGAAAGCUGCAGUAGAUAAUGUUAAUGAUAAAGCAAAAUUUGAAAAUGAUCUGAUUCACAUUGCAAAGACAACUUUAUCUUCUAAGAUUCUAUCUCAGGAUAAAGAAUAUUUUGCUAGAUUAGCCACUGAUGCUAUUUUAAGAUUAAAAGGAUCUACCAACCUGGAACAUAUUCAAAUUAUUAAAAUUCUAGGUGGUAAAUUAUCAGAUUCAUUUUUAGACGAAGGUUUCAUCUUAGCCAAAAAAUUCGGUAACAAUCAACCAAAGAAGGUUAAAGAUGCCAAAAUUUUAAUUGCUAAUACUACUUUAGAUACCGAUAAAGUUAAAAUUUUUGGUACCAAAUUUAAAGUGGAUUCAACUUCAAAAUUAGCAGAAUUAGAAAAAGCUGAAAGAAUUAAAAUGAAAAAUAAGAUCGAUAAGAUUUCGAAAUUUGGUAUCAACACUUUUAUUAACAGACAAUUAAUUUAUGACUAUCCUGAACAAUUAUUCACAGAUUUAGGUAUAAAUUCCAUCGAACAUGCUGAUUUUGAAGGUGUCGAAAGAUUAGCCCUUGUGACUGGUGGGGAAGUCGUUUCUACCUUCGAUAAUCCAGAAAAAUGUAAAUUAGGUGAAUGUGAUUUAAUAGAAGAAGUGAUAAUUGGUGAAGACAGUUUUUUAAAAUUCAGUGGUUGUAAAGCAGGAGAAGCAUGUACCAUUGUAUUGAGAGGCGCUACAGAUCAAGUAUUAGAUGAAGCGGAAAGAUCGUUGCACGAUGCUCUAUCCGUCUUAUCACAAACCACAAAGGAAACCAGAACCGUUCUAGGUGGUGGUUGCGCUGAAAUGCUAAUGUCGAAAGCCGUUGACACUGAAGCACAAAAUGUUGAUGGUAAGAGAGCUCUUGCCGUCGAAUCGUUUGCACGCGCAUUGAGACAAUUACCAACCAUCUUAGCCGACAAUGCUGGUUUCGAUAGCAGUGAAUUAGUCGCCAAAUUAAGAUCUAGCAUCUACAAUGGUAUAUCCACCGCCGGCCUGGAUUUGGACAACGGUACCAUCGCAGACAUGAGAGAAAACGGUAUCGUAGAAAGUUUCAAGUUGAAAAGAGCCGUCGUUAGCUCUGCUUCCGAAGCUGCAGAAGUCCUAUUAAGAGUCGACAAUAUCAUUCGUGCCAAACCAAGAACUGCAGACAGACAACACAUGUAA